AUGGCAUUUCUUGCUGUCCUUCCUGCUCCCUCAGACAGCAGUGUGGAAGAGGAGGAUGAGGAUGACAUGGAUUUCUACAAUGAGUGCAUGCUGCGGGGAAAGUCCAUGUCCUUGUCUGCGUUCUACCGUAUUGCACGGAAUGUCUUGAACACCUGUUUCCGGAAGGAGCCAACCACACAGGAGGUUGAGCAUGAGUACUGGAAACUCGUGGAUGAGAGGCUGAUUCACACUGCAGUCCACACAGCAAUAGUGGAUACAAAAUCACUUGGAAGUGGCUUCCCCAUUCACAGGCAAGAUAGUUUUGCCAAGCAUGGCUGGAAUCUCACCACAGUGCCGUGUGACAGCACCCUGGCUACUGGUAGGUAUGCUCUUCACUACCUCAUGCUGGUCAUGUGACUCCCACAAGCUGCCAUCUAUCGAGUACCUCCACACUGGUGCUGACAAAAUAUGGUACUCAAUUCCUCAGAGUGAACAUGUCAAGUUUAGGAAGGCCAUGCAUUCCCUAGUGCCAGAUCUAUGCAGUGAAGGGCUCUGCUGGCUUGAAAAAGAUGCAGCUAUGGUACCUCCUAGUGCCCUACUAGCAGAGGGUGUGUCCCUUUGUCGAGUGGAACAGAAAAGUGGCCAAUACCUGGUGACUUUCUCAGGCUCUUACGUUGCAAACAUCUGCUGUGGAUACAGUGUCGCUGAAGCUGUGUACUUUGCUACUCUGCAGUGGCUCCCAGUGGGACAAGUUGCAAUCCAGAUGUUACGCCAACAGUGCAAGGAGACUCUGUUUUCCAUAGAGAAGCUCCUGGUGCUGCUGGGAAUGUCUGAGGUGGAUCGGGGCAAUGCCAAGAUUCUAUCAUGGGUGCUACCAGAGAUCAUACAAGUCAGGGAUACUGAGCUGCAGCUGCGCAGCAGACUGCGGCAGGAGGGGCUGACAGCUGCAGGGAGGUACGGCUGGCUGGAGGAGGGACACGGUCGUAAACAGGGGAAGAAAGUGCCAACAGACACACAGGAGAGACAGUGUGAGAAAUGUGACUACCCUUGCUACCUUUCCAUGGUUGUGGAGGAACAGGAGAAUGAAGUGUACUGUCUGCAACAUGCACUGGAUUACAUUAAAGACAAAAAGUCCUGUCAGGGUCUGAAAUUUAUGUACAGGUAUGAUGAGGAACAAAUCCAGGACCUGGUGAACAGAAUAGAGCUAGUUGUGACCUGCACACAAGAUGGCCAUCGUACAAAGAACAAAGUAGCCUGCAAGACUACUGCUAACACUGCCUCGUAACCUUGAUAUGUAACACCUGUGGGAUACUAAAACACAAGUCCAUAGUGAUAUGUUGGGAGGGAUUCAGCCAGCGCCUUUCUUGUACCUUCCAUACACACGCCUCUUUGGCUUAAGUCUUCUUUCUCACCACUGCUACAUCCAGUGACAGGCAUACAUGUACAUGUUCAUGUAUCUUUAUUCUGUACCUAAAACGUGUUGCCUAAAUCUGCUCAUUUCAAAAAGACAUGUGGACAAAUAUCAUUGCACAAUAGAUAAGCAAAUGCAAGUUUAAAAGUUAGUUGAAUGUUACCACUUUCUGUGUUUUUCUCAGUCAGAUUUAGGGAAAUAAUUCAAUACCAAAACAUUACAUGGUAUUUAAAGUGGCAAUAAAGGAGGUCCAAAUUUAUAUUCAAAAAUAGAAAAAAAUGUAUUUCAGUGCCUGAAUUUAUGAAAGAUCAUCUUUAUGUCAUAGUGUACAUGUACAUGUCUCCACACUCUGUUGCAUGUAACUGAAUGUAUUGAUGUACACUUUUUUGUAUUUUCCAAAAAAAAGGUAAAGAAUGCAAUUAUCUUAAUCAUGCAUAAUAUGAUAAGUUCCAUUUAGGUAAUGUUUUUUGUGUUUAAGGAAGCUAAUUUACAUAAUGCAAUUGAUUAUCUGGUUUUCGACUGAUGUAAAUGUUAGAAAGAUUGAUGUUGUUAUUACGCAUUAACAUGUUCAGACUAAUUUUUUAUCUUUUGAUUGUUUUGAUUGGAAACCUUCAUCUAGCUAUGUAAGCUUUGAUUUCUUUGUUCUUAAAUACAUUGUAUAGGUACUUACUAGUUACUUAGACCUACCAUCCCACCUUUGGCAAAGGCCACAGACUAGACCCCUCCAGCUGUUGCCAUUGCAUCAGCCUCCAGGUCCCACCAAAAGGUGUUCUUAGUAUGGGUGCCAAGAGGAUGAUUGUAAAAGAGUAGGAAAAGAUUUUUGUCUAGGCAACAAAUAGUAGCAAAGAAACGGUGACAUACUGUUCAGGACCACCCUAGAAUCUACUAAAAUCAGCCUACUUUUAUGAGGAAUGUACAUGUACAACAUGUAUUUGGAGGUCAUGUGCCCUUGGUGGGUUAUCAUUGUAGCAAUGUAAUGGAAUUGCAACAAAAUAUUUAACGUUAGUUGAAAAAUCUGAAGAAAUAGAACAAAAUUAUCUGUGUGUGCUAUUCCUUGAAAGAAGACAAAGAAAAACUUAUCUAUCUUCUGUGGUUAGGCUAUUUUGAUUUGAUUAUAUGACAUCCUCGCACAUCAAUUUUCCCCUGUUAAAAAAAGUUUUUGACCAGAAUGUAAUUAUUCAAAGCAGCAACAAAAGGAGCAAACAUAUUCCAUUAAUGUGCAAAUUAAAGAUAUCUGAAAAUGGAUACUCAUAUCAUACAAUGCCAAUGUCAUUUCCAAAGUCAGUGAAGGAGAUGUGAAAGAAUAAAAAUGAAUAAUAAUAUUGUUUGGUUUACAAUGUUCUGUGCAUUCAGUCAUUUUUUUCAACCAUUCUGACCACAUAGAUUUAAUAGAACAAAACAUUGAUUUGAUUAUAUGGAUGACAUCUGCGGGGGCAUCAAUUUUCAGCCAUUUCGAAAACUAAAAAAGAAAACUUUCAACCAUACUUUAAAUCAUACAAAACAGCAUCAGCAAAACAUAUGCCGUGGAUUGCAGAAAUAAAUAUCGGAAAACACAUAAUAAUGUCGUAGAAUAUUACAAGGUCAAAGAAGAUGGGAAAGAACAAAAAUGAAUAAUGUAUUGUUCGGUAUACUAUAUUCCUGUGUGCAGUCUUUUUUUUAUUUUUUCAACUUUUCUGACCACUUUGAUUUCAUUAUGAAGGAAUCUUUUUUUGGGUCAAACUUUAUUUAUUUCACGCUCGCAUCAGUUUUGCGAUUCCCAGAAGAUGUCAUUCAUAUAAUCAAAUCAACCUGGUCUAAAGGCAACUUUUCUUUUCGUGAAACUUGUUUUCUUCCCACGCUUGUCGGAUUUGGGGACAGUUCGAUCCUAGAGGAUGGCAUCCAUGUAGACAAAUCAACACGGCCCUACCUGCAUGUACAGUUCUGAAGUUAGUUUGUAAGUUAAAUUCAAGUUCUUUUUGGUUGAAAAUUCCUGUGUUAUGGUACUUGUUGUGUUCAAUAGUCCAAAAGCCAGGGAAGCAAAAGCAGUUAAUCAGUAUCUUCCCUUCUAGGCACAUGCAGGUUGAAAUGUGAGGAAGGCUUUUUAUUUGCUAACUACACAGUAGCAGUAACUUAGCUUACAUGUAAAAUUUACUCUUACAUCUGAUGUAUCUUAAUUUUUUGCACAUCUGCCAAAAAACAGUUUCAGAGAUCUACAUGCAUGUCUGUUUUGGCGUGCUGAGUAGUGAUGCACAGACAACCUAUAGGUCAUGUACAUUGUAUACUGGAACUAUGGUCAGGCUGACAUCACUUAUGAUGAUUUCAAGUCCAAUUUACCCGCAACUGGAAGGUUUAUCAAGCUGCCAUGUUGGAAAUACUUCCAUCAGUGUUACAUGUACAUGCAUGCGGACAGCCUGCUGAAUACAGGAGAGCUGCUGGGGAAUAGAUAUCACAAAAUACUCUACAGUGAACUUAAUUUUCUUAAUUAUAGUUCUUAUAUGCAUACAUGUAUAUGUUGUAAAGCCAAUUCCAGUUAUGUUCAUCUUAGAUAAGUGAAAUGUUCAUGUUAGAUAAUUGACAAAUAUUGUAGGUAAUAUGACAUAUUUCUGAACCUGUUACAGAGUUGUGUUAUGCCAAGUACACGUACCUAUGCAAACAGUGCAGUUUGCCCAUCUUGUUUGGACCAAAUGUGUUAUUGAUAAAUGGGUAUUCUGCAUACCAGGCUCCACUGCUUUGGCGUGUGCAUUGAACAUGAUUUACAUAAAUAUGCUUUACAUGAAUAUACAUUUUGAUGCAAGUCAUCCCA